UCGCCGCCAUGACGAGGAGGCUGUGCCACGGCGUCCUCGGGGUCGUGGCCGUGGCCCUGCUGAUCGCCAGCGUUUCGCUCCUGGUCACCCGCGUCUUGCAGAAAGCCGUGGACUGGGAGGUCCAGGAGGAAAUGGUGUUGAAGAAUGGUUCUGACACUUUAAAACUAUGGGAGGAGCCUCCACCGCCGGUAUACAUGCAGUUCUAUAUAUUUAACGUAACCAAUCCAUUAGAAAUCCUUGAUGGUGAGAUUCCCCGUGUGACAGAAAUUGGACCGUACACUUACAGGGAAGACCGACCCAAGGUGAACGUUCACAUUUUAGAGAAUGGCACAAAAGUAUCUUUUCUCAACCCGAGGACAUUUUACUUCGUGCCAGAGAUGUCGGCGGGUGACCCGAAAGUCGAUCUAAUCAGGACUGUGAAUGUGCCUGCAGUGUUUGCAAUGCAGAUGGCUGCAGCAACUCCCCUGCGGCUUCCGAUGGAGUUCCUGCUGCUGUUGUACAAAGAAGAAAUGUUCUCGAUACACACUGCCCACGAAUGGCUGUGGGGCUACGAAGACAGAUUCCUCCGCGCCAUGCACAAAAUGCGUCCUGUUGUCGAUUCCACAUUUGGCUUUUUUGAUAAGAUGAAUGGGACUGAUGAUGGAGAAUACAUUGUUCUCAGUGGAGAACGGAACUAUAAGGACUUCACCAGGAUUGUUGAAUGGAAAGGACAAAAGAGACUGGACUGGUGGACGUCACCCGAGAGUAACAUGAUAAACGGGACUGAUGGCUCUUCUUUUCACCCACUGAUAGACCCGGAGGAAACCGUCUAUAUUUUUGCCUCAGACUUCUGCAGGUCUAUACCUCUCGCCUACGAGAAGUAUGUUAAAGUGAAGGGCAUCCCAGCCUAUCGGUUUGUGCCUCCCGCAUCGUUUUAUGCAAAUGCCAGCGUAAAUAAGGACAACGCUGGGUUUUGUGUGCCAGCAGGACAGUGCCUUGGGACAGGGAUCCUGAAUGUUAGCACCUGCUUGCAAGGUGCACCAAUAUUAAUAUCACCGCCACAUUUUUACGCGUCUGCUGAGGAGUAUAUCAGAUUUGCAAUGCAGAUGGCUGCAGCAACUCCCCUGCGGCUUCCGAUGGAGUUCCUGCUGCUGUUGUACAAAGAAGAAAUGUUCUCGAUACACACUGCCCACGAAUGGCUGUGGGGCUACGAAGACAGAUUCCUCCGCGCCAUGCACAAAAUGCGUCCUGUUGUCGAUUCCACAUUUGGCUUUUUUGAUAAGAUGAAUGGGACUGAUGAUGGAGAAUACAUUGUUCUCAGUGGAGAACGGAACUAUAAGGACUUCACCAGGAUUGUUGAAUGGAAAGGACAAAAGAGACUAGACUGGUGGACGUCACCCGAGAGUAACAUGAUAAACGGAACUGAUGGGUCUUCUUUUCACCCGCUGAUAGACCCGGAGGAAACCGUCUAUAUUUUUGCCUCAGACUUCUGCAGGUCUAUACCUCUCGCCUACGAGAAGUAUGUUAAAGUGAAGGGCAUCCCAGCCUAUCGGUUUGUGCCUCCCGCAUCGUUUUACGCAAAUGCCAGCGUAAAUAAGGAAAACGCUGGUUUUUGUGUGCCAGCAGGACAGUGCCUUGGGACAGGGAUCCUGAAUGUUAGCACCUGCUUGCAAGGUGCACCAAUAUUAAUAUCACCGCCACAUUUUUACGCGUCUGCUGAGGAGUAUAUCAAGAGCGUUAAUGGCAUGCAUCCAAAUAAAGAGGAUCACCAGACGUUUCUGGAUAUAAACCCGACGACCGGAUUGCUGGUACGGGCGUGCAAACGCUUACAGAUCAACGUUUUCGUACAAAGUCUCCCAGAUUUUUUCCAAACAGGCAAUAUCAGAACAAUGAUUUUCCCGGUGUUGCAUUUAAAUGAGAGCGUCCUGCUGGAUGAUGAUUCUGCAGCGAAAUUGAGGCUUGCUCUGUUUGAAUCUUCUUUAUUAACCAGCGUUCCCUACAUCAUCAUGGCCGUGGGAGUUAUUUUUGGAAUAGUGUUUGUUGUUUUUGCCUGCAGGCCCUUCUGGCCAAAGGAAGAGGGUUCGGAAGACGAGAGAGCACCCCUCAUCAGGACUUCCUGACUCCGUUUCGCCAUCCCUUCUCACCGACGAUGAACUAUGCAAACUGCUCUUAACAGUCACUGCGACGCAGCACUCUUCGCUGUCCGCCUCCCCCCUCCAAACCUCCCCCCCCUUACACUAAUGUAAUGUUAACGGCUCUGCCUUUAUAAGUUUUGGAAUUCGAGGACAAUUAGGCUGGUGUGUUGAGCGCAGGAGCUGCAACGGCACUUCUUGGCUGCGUGAAGAGUGGGUUUAGAAUUCGUGGGGGGCAGUCACCACCAGUUCCACUGGUGCAGCCCCCCCCCCCUUGACUUUCGAGAGGCACUUAGCAGUCUAGACGGCUUCCUUCCACAGCCAGCCAGAGGAGGGUGUUUAAACUACCGCGACCCCUUCUUUAAUUUACUGGAUUGAUGCAACUCGACUUUUCCUUUUUGGGAUUUGACUACUUCUUGACAUCACGCCCUGACAUAUCUGUACUCUUCACUCUUGCAUGUUCAAGUGUUCUUCUGGGUACGAGACAUUCAGAGCUAAAACCCUGACUCGGGUGCAAGCUACUGAACGCCAGGGAGCUUUUGUUAGGCCAGCUAGACCUUGAUCCUACAGGGCAACCGGAGAGCUUCAAUUCUGAGGAUGCCGCGGACUUCGGCGUCAUCGCCAGGGGUGUGGUUGCAGAAUAGACUCAAUGCACUGUU